AUGGCGUCGCCCUACACGCUGCAGCGCUCGUCGGCGUGCGGCAGCCAGUCGGUGGCCACCCCGGUGGCGCGGCGAGACCUCCACGCGCUGCGCAACGGCCAGGACAGCCUGGAUAGCAGCCCGCGCUGCCCGCUGGCCUGGUCGCCGCCAGCCAGCUACGCGGCCGGCGCGACCGCGCCCACCAGCAGCAGCGGGUGCACCGACAGCGUGGCGCCGGAGCUGACGUGUCAGGAGCAGCUGGAGGGGCGGUGCAGCCCCGAGCGGGGCGCAGCCGAGGCGCUGGCGGCGCUGCCGCGCCCGCCCUCGCCGGCGGCCUGCCUGCGCGAGGCCAACCGCAGCGCCCAGGCGCCGCCGCUGCAGCCAUUCUGCACCCCCAAGGCAGCCAUGUAUCAGUUCGGCAGCCCCCUGUGCAGCCCCGCACGGCCCAGCAGCCUGUCGCCACCUGGCGCCCACCUGGCCGGCGGCAGCCCGCUGGCGACGCCCCAGCCGCCGCUCAGCUUGUCCGGCGCCGCCGCGGCGCCCCCCUCGCCGCCGCUCGUCACCCUGUCUCCCCGCAUCCUCCACGCCGGCCUGAUGCGGCCCUGCAGCGUCAGGCUGACUGGCUCAGGCAAGCGCGGGGGCCGUGCACCGCCGCUGUUUGCGCCACCGUUGCGCCUGUGCGGCGACCGAAUCACUCCCAUCCCCCGCACCCUGUUCUCCACGCUCUCACCCGACAAAGGCGCCGCCCCGGCAGGCGCCGCCGCCGCCGCCCCGGCCCGCCUGGGCCACGGCCCCGCGGCGGCCUUCCCGCUGCUCCCCGAGCCGCCACGCCCGCACAGGGCGGCUCCCGCGGCCCGCACCGCCAGCGCCGACAGCGCCAACCGCCAGCCUCAGGCUGGGUCCUGGCAGCGCGAGCUUUCGUUUGCCGACCUGCUGACGGCGCACCGCCCGGUGGCGGCGCCGCUGCCGGCGGCCCCGCGCCCACCCGCCUCGCCGCCCCGUGCAGCGGAGCUGGUGGCUGAGAUGGCUGUCACGCCCCGCAAGCGCGCCCGCAAGAGCCUGGCGCCGCUGCGCGCGGCCGCGUGCGAGGGCGAGGCGGCGCAGCAGCAGGCUGGCGCCGCCCCUGGCCCGCCCCUGCACGGCAGCUGCCAGGGCGAGAGCGACGGCGACUCGUCUGGGCUGCAGGAGGAUGCCGCCCUCAGCACACCGCGCAAGCUGCCAAGGCGCAAGUAG